CACGAAGCUGCCAACCUCAUAAUGGCUAAAAGCACGAAGAAAUCGACUCGGAAAUUCGAGAAGAAUCACCUUAGGGAUACUCUCGAGAAGCGAAAAGCUGGUGCAAAGAUCAAACAACGACAGCAAGUCAAAGCCAAGAAACAGGCUCGAAAUGCGAAAGAUGCAGAAUUCUUGGGUGCAAAAGAUGGAGAGGAAGAGCCUCAGAAGACAAAGACUGUCAAGGAAGACCCUUUCGGAAAGAUGAGUGUGGACGAGUUUUUCCAAGGCGGAUUUGAAAUUCCUGAAAUGUCUGCGAAGAAAUCGAAGACAUCGAAGAAAGCAGUCCACGAGAAGUUAGGAAAGAGGAAGAGGACGGAACCGGAAGAAGACGAGGAUGAUUCUUCAGAGGCUUCUUUCGAAGAGGCGCCAGUACUGAGCGACAGCGAGGACGGGAGUGGCGAAGAAGACGAGACUGGCAUGAGUAAGGGUGCGAUGGACGCUUUAGCUGAGAAGGAUCCCGAAUUCUACAAAUAUCUGAAGGAGCACGAUCCCGAAGCUCUCGAUUUCGACGAAGAUGCAGAUUUGGCAGAGGUUGACGGGCUGAGUGACAGCGAAACCGAAGCGCCGCCCAAAAAGAAGAAGCAAAAGAAGGCUAAGAAAAUGCCCAUUGAGGAAGAAGAGGAGGAGACUGAAGAGGACGAAACCGAGGACCUGGCGGAAGUGACAAAAGCCAUGGUUGCAAAAUGGACGAAAGCUAUGAAAGAACAACAUUCAUUGCGUGCAAUGCGACAAGUGGCACUUGCUUUUAGGUCUGCUGCUCAUGUCAAUGAAGAUGAGGGGAAGGAAUAUAAGUAUACGAUAUCGAGCCCCCACGUCUACCAUGAAUUGCUCGUCACAGCUCUCAAGAAUAUUCCCGAGGUCCUCAAUUACCAUUUACCCGUCAAGGAAAGCGCUGCUGGAAAGGUUCGAGUUUCGACGGAUUCAAAGAAAUUUAAGACUUUGACGGCUCUUCUUAAAUCACACUCCUCAUCCGUUCACCACCUCCUCACGACCCUCUCCGAUGAAUCGACACUCAAGCUCACACUCUCUUCCAUCACACCUCUUUUGCCAUACCUCUUAUCUUUUAAGAAAGUCCUCAAGAACAUAGUCAAGAGUGUUGUCGAUAUCUGGUCAGAUUCGUCAAGUACGGAAGCCACUCGAAUUACCGCGUUCUUGGUUCUUCGGAGGUUGACUGUGAUCGGAGAUCCUGGUUUGCGGGAAGCCGUCUUGAAGACUGUGUAUCAGGGCUUGGUCAAAGGCAGUCGGAAUACCACAAUACACACCACCCAGGGAAUAAAUUUAGUGAUGAAUUCAGCGGCAGAACUGUGGGGGAUUGACCAGGCCGUUGGAUAUACCACCGGCUUCACAUUCAUACGCCAAUUGGCCAUUCAUCUCCGAUCUAGCAUCACAAACAACCAGAAAGAGUCGUACAAGACUGUCUACAAUUGGCAAUAUGUGCACUCUUUAAACUUCUGGUCUUGCGUGUUAUCAGAGCAUUGCAGUCCUGUCAAGGAAGCGGAGAUUGGCAAAGAGUCGCCAUUACGAGAUCUGAUCUACCCUACUGUUCAAGUCACACUAGGUGCUAUGCGACUUAUUCCCACAGCCACAUACUUCCCCCUCCGAUUUCAUAUGAUACGAUCACUUCUCAGGAUAUCCCGAGCAACUGGUACCUACAUCCCCUUGGCAUCGGCAUUACUCGAGGUUCUAAACUCUGCUGAGAUGAAGAAACCACCGAAGCCUAGCACUCUGAAGAGCCUCGAUUUUGCCUCAAAUUACAAAGCCCAAAAAUCAUACCUGCGAACACGGGUUUACCAAGAUGGAGUGGGUGAACAAGUCGCUGAGCUUCUGUCAGAAUUCUUCGUGCUGUGGUCAACCAGCAUCGCUUUCCCUGAGCUGGCUUUACCUGUGAUUGUCAUGCUGAAGCGAUGGCUUAAGGAGGUGAACAACAAGGGCUCAGGAAACAAAAACAGUAAGAUCAACUCCGGAAUAUUAUUAGUAAUACAGAAACUGGAGGCCAAUGGCAAGUGGAUCGAAGAGCGGAGAUCAAAAGUCGACUUCGCACCAAAUGACAGAGCCGGUGUUGAAGGGUUCCUGAAGGGAUUCGAAUGGGAGAAGACACCUCUUGGUGCGUUUGUCGUCGGGCAGAGAAAGCAAAGAGAGGAGAAGGCGAGACUUAUGGAGGAAGGCAGACGAGAAGAAGAUCGGAAGAGAAGGCUCGAUCGAGAAAAGGAGAAAGCUGUGGAGGGAAGUGAUGAAGAUAUGGAGGAUGUCGAUGAAGACGAUGACUCCGAGGCUAGAUUCGGAGAUGAAGAGUAGUAUUCUCAUGCCUGGAAUGCUUACGAAUUGGUUUUGGCGGAGUUUGGCGUCCCAAAACUGCAACGGCAGGAAUCUGUAUUGGCCUUAUAUGAAUCACUUCCAAAAAGGAUGCACACCACUGUCUUCCAUUUGUGAUCGAACUUGCUAAGUAUGGCCAGUUCUGCCCCUGUUCAUUAUGCCGGGCUUAAAAGACAAUCCCACACCCUGUUG